AUGCAAUACUCAUUCGUUGCCGCUGCCGUUCUGGCAUUCACCUCCUCUGUUUUCGCGCAGACUGCUGGAUUUGCUGCCCUCACAGUCCCAACCCAGGACCAGAAUGUCGAGGCUGGCUCAGUCCUGGACAUCACAUGGCAACCAUCCACCGAGCACCCAGGUCCUAUCACCAUCCAGCUCCUCCAGGGUGCCAGCCCUUCCACUCUUGAGAUUGGAGCAACCGUCGCUCAGAGCAUCGACCAGGCCACCGGCAAGUUCGCGUGGACUGUGCCCAAGGAUCUCAAGAGCUUCGCGACCUACGGAUUCAAGCUCACACUCGACUCCACCAAGUCCGAUGCUAACCCAAUCUUCCAAUUCAGUUUCCCAUUCCACGUUACUGGAUUGAGCAGCUCUUCUUCCUCCUCUGCCUCUGUCACCGGCGGAACCACCACCGUUCACAUCUCUACCGGUCCAUCAUACACCGCUAAGCCAACAUCUUCCAGCUACAGCGCCUCUUCCGUCUCCGUGAACAGCACCUCCACAUACGUCCCAUCCACCCACUCUGCAUCUGCCUCUGCACCAGUAGUGGUCUACCCAACCGCCAACAUCACUCUUUCCACCACCCGUACCCCAACCGUCGCCCCAACAGGCACCGGCAGCUCCCCAAGCUCCACGGGAAGCAGCCCAUCGACCGUCACUGGCAACUCUGCAUCGACCAUGGCUCGCGGCGGACUUGCUGUCGCUGCUGGUGUGGUCCUCGCAUUUGCUCUGUAA